AUCUCUAGCUUGUUGUUCCUUAUAAAUAGAAGAACACCACCAUUAUUUAAGACACAAGAAGAAAAAAAUCACAGUUUUUUACUAACGUUCUUCUCCAACUGAACCGAUAGAUAGCUUUUACUGGAUCUCAACAUGGGAAAGAAGAAACAAGUUACUAAAAUUGAUGCAGAUGAAGCUGAAUAUCACCCUCGAUUACAAGCUGUUCUGCUAGCAGAUGAUUUCGCAGCAGAGAAAUUCCAACCAAUUUCUCUGGAACGACCAAAGGUACUUUUCCCAUUAGUACAUAACCCAAUGAUUGAUUACACGCUAGCUUGGCUUAGAGAAGAAGGUGUUAGAGAAGUAUAUGUAGUUUGCUGUUCACAUUCCAAACAAGUAAUUGAGUAUUUAAAAAAAUCUGAAUGGUUGUCUGUACCUGGAUUCACUGUUACAAUUCUGGAAAACCGUGGUUGUGCUAGUGUUGGUGAUGCUCUUAGAUUUGUUUACCAAGCUGAAGUUAUUCAUGGCGAUUUCGUGCUUGUUAGUGGUGAUAUUGUGACUAAUAUGAAUCUGACAAACGCAAUAAAAGUUCAUAGAGAUAGGAAGAAGAAGGACAGUAAUGCUAUAAUGACUAUGGUCAUUAAGAAACCGAAACCGUUGAGGACUGAGCAAACUAGCAAGGAUAAGUUGGUUCUGGGUGCUGAUCGUAAUAGCGAAACCAGUAUGGAUGGGUUGGUUAUGGGAAUUGAUUGUAAAACGAAAAAGCUUCUGCAUUACGGUGUGAAUAUUUUUACGGAGACGUAUAUUCCUGAUAAGGAAUUGCUCCUUGACAAUCCUAACUUUGAAGUGCACAGUGAGCAAGAGGAUUGCCAUAUUGAUAUUUGCUCUCCUGUGGUGCUUAGUCUUUUUGCUGACAAUUUUCACUACCAACAUUUGAGGCGCCAUCUUGUCAAAGGAUUGCUGGAUGAUGAUGUCAUGGGCUACAAGCUUUUCACUUAUGAAAUUCACCCAAGUAGAUAUGCUGCUAGAGUGGAUGAUUUCAAGAGCUAUGACACCAUUAGCAAGGACGUAAUUCAGCGGUGGACAUACCCGUUUGUGCCAGAUAUUCAGUUUUCUAUAAAAUGUGCAGUCGAACAAGGAAGUGACGGGAUUUUUAAAGGAUCGGAUGUACAGAUAUCGAGUUCUGCACAUGUUGGUCCUGACACCUACGUUGGAAAUGGGACAAGCAUUGGGGAUUUUUCUAAGGUCUCUAAUUCAGUAAUUGGAAAAGGUUGUUGUAUCGGAUCUAACGUCAAAAUUGAAAAUUCCUAUAUUUGGGACAAUGUCACGGUUCAAAAUGGUUGUCAGCUUAACAAUGCUUUUGUUUGUGAUGGGGUGGUGAUAAAAUCAGGAGUGGCUUUAGAACCUGGUGUGGUUUUAUCAUUCAAGGUCGUUGUUGGAGCAAAAUCUCCGAUAAUACCCGCUUACUCAAAGGUAUCUUUACAUCCCCAGCCAACAAACCAAGACAGUGAUGAGGAGCUUGAGCAGUUGACAUCAAGAUUUUCUGACAUUGCUGAGGUUGGUGUUUCUGGAGAUGGUUAUUAUUUUUGGUCAGAUACCCCCAGUCCAGAACCAGAAAUGCUCCCAGCUGCUGAAAUAAUAAGUGAUGAUGAAAGCUUUGAUUCCGAUAAAGAUCAUUAUUUUGAUUUAGAGGUGGCAGAAACUAUCCUAAGGGCAGCUCUUGAAAGUGAGGCCCUGGAUGAUUUAAAAACAGAAGUGACUGCACUAAGGUUAUCGUACAAUAUGACACCAUUGAAUUGUGCUGGGGCAGUUUUUUCAGCAGUGAUGAAAUUGGCAUUACAGACUCCAUAUGGUACCAAAGGUGAACUGCUUAAAAGUGUUGUCAUCAUCAUCACAACAUGGCGGGAUCUUUUGAAACAUUACAUAUACUCUAUAGAUGAGCAGUUUGAAAGCAUAAUGAAGUUCGAAGAGAUGUGCUCAGAUUCUGCCAGAGAUUUUGCUCCAUUGUUUGAGCCCAUUUUGCUUGAACUGUACGACAAGGACGUUCUGGACGAAGAGACUAUUCUCUCAUGGGCAUCUGAAAAAGACGGCGCGGAUGCAUCUGACAAAGUAUUUGUUAAUAAGGCGCAAAACUUUAUAAAGUGGUUGAAAGAGGCAGAAGUAGAAGACGAAGAACAGUGAUAUGCUGAACAAGAUGAAAGUUUGUAACUUUGUGUUCUAAUUCUCCUUUUAUUUUCUGUUUCAAAAUCAGAUAACUUGUUAACUCUGUGCUAGUAAUUACAUCCACAAUAUUUUAAGCAAAUAGUCAUUGAUUUUGUGCUAGUAAUUAUAUCCUAUGCUGCAGUUUGUCCCUGUUACAUAUCCUGUUCUGAUGCUGGUUGUAGCAUGCUGUGCCUAUGAUUUUACGGGGCAUGACAUUAUCUUGCAUGAAUGAUUUCCAGGGUGCAUCAAAAAAUAGUUUUUAGCCUGUUCAGUGCAACGAUUUUAUCGGGCACAAGGUUUUAUUUGAUGUUAAAAAAGUUGAAACAGAAUAAAGUUGAG